AGCUUGUCGCCCACUUGUCCGGCACAGCACGGACCGUAGCUGCCCGUCGCCUGCAGGCGACGGAGAGCUUGGUCGCCCACUUUUCCGGUGGAAACCGGCAAACCGUCACGUCGCGGUCGUGUGUUGCGAAGAUCUUUUUAUUUUAGUUUACAUGUAGCAGUGACUGGGUCACUAUGUGUGAAAGCAGCAGUUCUGAUGAAGAAGUUAUUGUAGCGGCCGCAUUUUUGGCAGAAGAAGAAGAAAAUAAAAAGAAGAUAAAGAGAAAGAUGUGGGUCCAUCCCAUUAAUCAAAAGAGGGCUGAACUCGGAGAAUUCCAUCAUUUAUUUAACGAUUUAAAAGAAGAUGAAAAGAAAUUUUUUCAAUAUUUUAGAAUGUCGCAUAAUAAAUUCCUAGAACUGCUUGAUAUUUUAGAGCCUGAUUUAUCAUUUCAAAAUUCCUCAUUUCGAAGAGCAAUAUCGAAAGAAGAAAGGCUUGCCGUAGCAUUAAGGUUUUUUGCUACGGGAGACACAUUCCGAACAAUUGCGUUUAGCUACCGACUUGGAGAAACAACAGUUCGUAAAAUUGUUUAUGGAUGUUGCGAUGCAAUAUGGAAAAAUUUGGGACCACUGGUAAUACCUUCUCCUUCAAAGGAAACUUGGAUAAAUAGUGAAAGGGUGUUCAAUAAGAUGUGGAAUUUUCCAAACUGCGUUGCUGCCAUCGAUGGGAAGCACGUAGUUACCGACAAACCCCCCAAUAGUGGCUCCUUAUUUUUUAACUACAAGAAAACAUUUAGUAUUGUUUUACUUGCAUUUGUAGAUGCUCAUUGUAAAUUCAUUGCUAUUGAUGUCGGCGCCUAUGGACGAAAUAGCGAUGGGGGAAUAUUUGCAAAUUCAGCAAUCGGAAAGAAAUUGUUGAAAAAUACUUUAGAUUUACCUCAGGACAAGUCUUUACCUGGCACUAAUGAAAUUAUGCCCCACGUCUUCGUUGGAGAUGAGGCUUUUCCUUUGCAAAAACAUGUAAUGCGUCCAUAUCCAGGUAACGAAAUACUUAAUAACGAGGACGUUAAAAUAUAUAAUUAUAGACUUAGUAGAGCUAGGCGAGUUUCCGAAAAUGCUUUUGGAAUUUUGACAAAGAGAUUUCGUAUUUACCAGAGGCGUCUUCAAAUUAUCCCUGAGCACCUAGAUAAAGUUGUACUUGCUACAUGUUGUUUACAUAAUUUUCUUCGAAAUGAUACAUGUCAUUGGACUGAAGCUGACGAAGAUAACCAAUCCCCCCAAGGAUUAAGAGAUAUAUCGGGAAUAGGCGGAUCUUCAACUACAGUUGCAAUAGAGAUUAGAAAUAAAUUUAAAAAUUAUUUUAAUGGGACCGGGUCGGUGUCAUGGCAAACAGCAAUAGUAAGAAAAGGCAAAAGAAAAAACCUUGAAAUGUGAUUUUGGCUGAAUAUAUAUAAAAAAUAUAUGAUAUAUUUAUAAAUAAUAAAAUAAAUACAUACCGGGUCUGUUUAUUUCUCCAGCGAUUUCCUCCCAUAUGUUGUCCUUUUGUUGCUGGUUAUGAUAAGCACUAUCAGUUAUAUCAUAAAUUUCCCUAUAUUUUUGUACUAAACAAAUUAAUUUUUCAUCGUCCAUUUUUAAUUUUUUUUCUUAGGACUGCUUUCUCGGACUCAACAACAACAACUGCCGAAAUAAUUGCAAAACAUAUGUAUAUGCGAUCGACAGGCUUCCACAAGUUGGUGCAGGCCAGCGCCGGCCGGCGACGGCCGGCUUCACGCACACUUGGCCGGCCCGUCCCGGCCCGUCCCGGCACGGGCCGUCAUUUGACGGGGAGAGUCGGAGAGCUGGAAUCUGUUCCGUCGACGGACUCGCCGUUCCGUGCCGUGACGGGCUAAUGUGCGAUAGUCUAUUCAUUUGCAUGGUUUUAAUCCUAUCCGUAUUUUGACGGGCCGGAACGGGACGGGACGUGACGGCCAAGUGGGCGACAAGCUUUAU